AGAGAACUGCCUCUCUUUCUAAACAUGGAUUCACUGCUAAAAACAGACUUCUGUGAGCCUUUUGGCAAGUCUUGAGGACGGUGCAGUGGAGACAUGGCUUUGACCUCGCCCACACAUGGCUUUGGCGUGGAGAUGCGCCCGGGGACCGUGCAGCCCGCAACCUACAACAGCGCUGCCCCAGCGCUCAACCUCUCCCAUGCGCUGCUCGGCACCACCCCGCUCAACCAGACGGCGGAGCUCUCGGAGCACCAGCAGUACGUGAUCGGCCUUUUCCUCUCAUGCCUGUACACUAUCUUCCUCUUCCCCAUCGGCUUUGUGGGGAACAUCCUGAUCCUGGUGGUGAACAUCAGCUUCCGGGAGAAGAUGACCAUCCCCGACCUGUAUUUCAUCAACCUGGCUGUGGCGGACCUCAUCCUGGUGGCUGACUCGCUGAUUGAGGUGUUCAACCUGGACGAGCAGUACUACGACAUCGCCGUCCUGUGCACCUUCAUGUCUCUUUUCCUGCAGAUCAACAUGUACAGCAGCGUCUUCUUCCUCACCUGGAUGAGCUGUGACCGCUACAUCGCCCUGGCCAGGGCCAUGCGCUGCAGCCUGUUCCGCACCAAGCACCAGGCCAGGCUCAGCUGCGGACUCAUCUGGCUGGCCUCCGUCUCGGCCACGCUGGUGCCCUUCUCUGCCGUCCACCUGCAGCACACCGAGGAGGCUUGCUUCUGCUUUGCAGAUGUCAGGGAGGUCCAGUGGCUGGAGGUCACCCUGGGGUUUAUCAUUCCCUUUGCCAUCAUCGGCCUCUGCUACUCGCUCGUUGCCCGGGUCCUCGUCACAGCUCACAAGCACCGAGGCCUGCGUCCGCGGAGGCAAAGGGCCCUGCGGAUGAUCUUGGCCGUGGUGCUCGUCUUCUUCAUUUGCUGGCUGCCAGAGAAUGUCUUCAUCAGCGUCCACCUCCUGCAGCACGCACAGCCGGGGGCCGCACCCUGCGAACAGUCUUUCCGCCACGCCUACCCCCUCACUGGUCACAUCGUCAACCUCGCAGCCUUCUCCAAUAGCUGCCUGAACCCCCUAAUCUACAGUUUUCUCGGGGAGACCUUCAGGGACAAGCUAAGGCUGUACAUCGAACAGAAAACAAACUUGCCAGCACUGAACCGCUUCUGUCACGCCGCCCUGAAGGCGGUCAUCCCAGAUAGCACCGAGCAGUCGGACGUUAAGUUCGGCAGUGCCGUGUAGAC